GUCAGUUGUCAACAAGCGAAUUUCACAACAAUUUCAUCAUAACAAUCAUCCAAAUUGUACGUACAAUACACACUCGAUUGUUUGUGUCUACUUACAACAAUUACUACGUCAUAGAAAGUGUGCGACACACAGUAAAAACAAUAAAUUCAAAACAAAAAAGCUUUGUUGCAUAAGAUAAACAAGAAAAUGCCGCCUACAAAAAAGGCAAAGACAUCCAAACAGGGUAGCAGUGACGAUGACGAGGACUAUCGCAAGAAGCGAGACCGAAACAAUCAGGCAAUAAAACGGAGCCGAGUCAAGUCGAAGCAACGCGCCAAUGAAACAAAGGACCGAGUUGACAAUUUGAAAGCGACCAAUACUCAAUUGGAAGAAAGGAUAGCCCAGAAGCAAAAGCAAUUACAAACUCUCAAAGAUCUAUUUCUAGAAACGGCAAAAGCCAAGACAGAUGCCGGAGCCAACUUUGACCUGAAUAAACUGUUAGCUGACAGCGAUGAGGACUAAUGGAUUUUUAAGUUUAAUGGAUAGUUAAGGUUUUUUUUUUAAUUAUAAUCAACAGAUAAAAUGUUAUUCAGCUAUAUUGUACAAUAAAAACGUUCAAUAAAAAUGUUCGCCGUCAAUUAUUAUUGAA